AAUCAAUCCCUCCAUCGACAGAAUUCAUUAUGACACACUAUGAAAGAGUUGAAGCCAUGAAAAGAAUGAUUCAUAUUCCAGAAUUGUUACAGGUCACAUCUCCAACACAUCAGCGGUAUAGUUUUAAUCGAAAAUACAUUGAGAAGUUAUUUGGAAAUAUACAAGUUGAUCAACAACAAACAGCGCCUAAAAGACAAAUAGUUGCCGAGUCUGAAUUUUCCAAACAAAGGACAAUGUCCCCAGACCUUCCAGAUGGAUGGGAGAAGAGACUUGAUCACAAGUCAAAUAGGUACUACUACGUCAACCACAUAACGAGAAUCACCCAGUGGGACUCACCUUAUAUCCAGACAAGGCGACCGUCUGGACAGCUGUCUGUUACUCAUUCUAAAGAUGAAUCGUCAGCCCCAAACAGUGGACUAGCCCGGCCCAACUCCUUUCCUAAGAUGAAGUUUGAUGAGAAAAAGGCUCCAAACACUCGCCACAUCGUAGACAGGACAAUUGAACCACUGGAAAGGUACCACGUAUAAUGACUUUUAAAUGGGAAAAGUCA